AUCUACAACAUGGCCAAUCAAAAAUUAUCAAUCUUUCCGAGAAUCGAUACCAGUCCACCAAUUCUUUAUGUGGAUAAUGUUCUACGGUCAACCAAGCUGGUGCACGAUAUUCGUCGCCAACGGGAAAUUGCCAAGACAAAUAAGAACCUUUUACAGCGAAUCAAUCGAAUUAAUCGCACACGGGGAUUUCUCGGUGUAAGCUAUAAGUGUAAGGCAAAAAGAUUUCUGAACUGGGAAAGCCGCGUCCGUGAAGCGAGAAGAAUCCAACGGGCUAAUCUGGUUCUCUUGGAACGGAUUAUUGAUGUUCCUCCAGCUUACUCUAAAUUAGAUCAGGAGAAAUUUUAUCACCAAUCCCGUAGGUAUCGUAGAAUUAUUUCGAAGAAAAAUGUUGUGCAGACUGCUCCCGGUCGAAAGACUAAGGAACGCUCCGAUUGCUACAGUAUCAAAAUUCAUUUUUGUGAACGAAACGACCGUAAACUAGGCACUUUAAAGAUUACCAUGUACAUGAGCAAUGUUCUGGGCUAUUUGCACGACGAGGGUAUUCAUGCUAUAUAUGGCCGAGUUUACCGCAUUUAUGAGGGUCAAUAUGUUAUUAUUCGGGGACAUGUAAGCAUUUCCGAGGCAAAAGGACAAAAAAGGCAGUUGAUUGAAAACGUUGAGCGGGGAUCGUUGCUUAGAGCGAUCAUAAAUGAUCAACCAGCUCUACUUUUGACCCUUAAACCUUUUCAACGUUUAGCAAAUUGUGAGCUAUUGGGAACGGUAGAUCCUGCCGAUGACGGAACGAUAAAUUUACUAAAUUUUUAUGGUUCUACAUGGGGGAGAACACUCGAGCCCGUCCAGUUUCGAAUUGAAAUAAAGAAAUAAUGCUGGU